UCUUUCUACUAAGUCUUAUUUUUAUGUCAUUGUAUUCUUUGGUUUGAAUUAACUCAUUUUUCUCAAAUAGCAAGACAGACAACAUGGAAGAACAACUUUUAAGUAGUGAAGGAAACAAGUUCCCUAUUAGCACCUCCUGUUCAGCGUCUGUUGUUCUAAGCACUUGUGUUGUUAUGUGUGGUUCCUUGGCUUAUGGAUUUGCUGUUGGCUACUCUUCUCCUGUCCAGUCAGGUAUCAUGGCUGACCUGGGGUUGUCCAUUGCAGAGUAUUCAACAUUUGGAGCUAUUCUGACACUUGGUGGAACUAUUGGUGCCUUAGUGAGUGGCACUAUUGCAGAUAUGGCUGGGCGGAAAAUAACAAUGUGGAUUAUGGAUCUUUGUUUCAUACUGGGAUGGCUAUCUAUAAUUUUUGCAAAGAGUGUGUGGUGGCUUGAUAUUGGAAGAUUUCUAAUGGGAAUAGGAGCUGGACUUCUCCUUUACGUGGCUCCUAUAUACAUUGCAGAAAUCGCGCCAAAGAGUAUUCGAGGCGGAUGCACAGCUGUAUUUGCGUUCAUGCUAUAUUUUGGUUUUUCACUCAUGUUUCUGAUUGGCAAUAUCCUUACUUGGCGCACCUUGGCUGUAGUAGGAGUUAUACCCUCUUUGGUGCAGUUACCAGGCAUAUUCUUCAUACCAGAAUCUCCAAGAUGGUUGGCCAAAAUCGGUCUGGACAAAGAAGUAGAAGCAUCUCUACAAUAUCUGAGAGGAAAAAAUGUUGAUAUUUCUUUAGAAACAGCUGAAAUUAAGGACAACGUGGAGUCAUUUACGAAGCUUUCAGGAUCGAGAUAUCUGGAUAUGUUUGACCGUAGAUAUGCUCAUUCACUCAUUGUAGGAUUGGGAAUAAUGAUUUUGUUGCAGUCUGGAGGAACUGAUGCGAUUUCAUCUUUCGCUAGUUCCAUCUUUGAAAAAGCUGGUUGCUCGGCUAGUUUUGCAACUACAACAAUGGGAUUCAUCCAGCUUCCUUUUGCUGCUAUGGGCAUAUUCUUACUGGAUUCUGCUGGAAGACGGCCUGUUCUGAUGGUUGCGUCUGCUGGGACAUGCUUAGGAAACUUUCUUGUAGGUGUAGGCUUUUUGUGUAAGGAUUAUGAUCAAAUGAGUCAGCUCACUGCCACAUUUGUGUUAGUUGGCAUACUGGUAUUUGCUAUAUUCUUCUCAAUGGGUGUAGGUGGUGCAGCUACUACAAUCGUUUCAGAGAUAUUUCCUAUGAACAUAAAGGGAUCAGCUGGAAGUCUAGCAAUUGUGUGCAACUGGUUUACUUCUUGGAUUGUCACAUAUGCUUUUAACUUUUUAUUUGAAUGGAGCCCUUCAGGUGUGUUCUUCAUGUUCACAUUUUUUUCCGGGUUGAUGAUCCUUUUUGUUGCAAAGAUAGUACCAGAGACGAAAGGUCGAACACUUGAAGAAAUCCAAGCAUCCUUGACACUGCUUAACUGAUACUCUGUUCGUCGUAUAUUAGAUGAGUUCUCUCAUAUUAUUUGAUUACGUACCAUAUUAAGAUAGAAUUAAUUAUAUUUGAAUGUGUACAAUUCUCAAUACUAGCUAUUUACGUACAUUAUACCCUAUGCAUAUUUUUUUCUAACUUAUUUUUAUGUGAA